CUUCUCAGCUUCAACAACACUUCACUCAGACAGCUUUUGAGAAUAUCUCGUCUCUUUGCCCACGAUCAUGGCAUCUAUAUACCACUUGGCCAUUCUUCCUCUUCUGCUCUUCUGUUCUGUCUCUCCCACGCUCUCUGCUUUAGUUCAAGAGCAACCUCUUGUUUUAAAAUACCACAACGGCCUUCUCCUCAAAGGUAACGUUAGCGUUAAUCUCAUCUGGUACGGCAAGUUUACUCCUAUCCAACGCUCCAUAAUCGUUGAUUUUAUCCAUUCGUUGAACUCCAACCGGGCUCCACAGCCCUCCACCUCAUCCUGGUGGAAAACCACUGAAAAAUACAAAGGAGGUUCAUCCAACCUUGUUGUACAGCAUCAAAUCCUCCACGAAGACUACUCUCUCGGCAAGUACCUCAAGAAUUACCAUUUAAUGGCUUUAGCUAAGAAAGUAAGGAAUACGGUUACUUCCUCCAUUAACGUCGUCUUAACGUCGGAGGAUGUUGUCGUUGAUGGGUUCUGUAUGAGGUGUGGCAGUCAUGGGACUGUUAAGGAGACUGGCCGUGGAUCAGCCCACGGAACUUAUGUUUGGGUCGGCAACUCUGAGACUCAGUGCCCGGGCCAAUGCGCUUGGCCCUUCCACCAGCCCAUUUACGGCCCGCAAACCCCACCGUUAGUGGCUCCUAACGGAGACGUCGGAGUUGAUGGCAUGAUCAUAAACUUGGCCACCCUUUUGGCUGGCACCGUUACCAACCCGUUUAACAAUGGGUAUUUCCAAGGUCCCGCCAGCGCACCACUGGAAGCCGUCUCCGCUUGCACGGGUAAAUUCGGGGCUGGUUCGUACCCGGGGUAUCCGGGUCGGGUCUUGAUGGAUAAGGUAACCGGAGCGAGUUAUAACGCUCACGGGGUUAACGGGAGGAAGUACUUGCUGCCUGCCAUGUGGGAUCCGCAGACAUCAGCGUGUAAGACAAUUGUGUGAGAGUGAUGACGAGGCAUGACACGUGUGAAAUGGGGGCAGACGUGGCAGUAGGAUGUGGCCACGUAUGUAUGUAGAUAAGAUUUGAGGUUUUUGUUGUGUUUGUGUGCGAGAGAGUCACGUGUAAAUUAUACGUGGAAGUUAAAAAGCAAAAAGAAAGAUGAAGUGAAUGUGAAAUGGAAAGUAAAAUGGUAAUAAUAAUAGUAAAAGAAAAUAUUAUUUUAAUAA